AUGUUCCGUUGCCUCUUUCUGUUUUCCCUCAUUGCUUCUCCAAUCUUGGCGGAUGGAUCUGGUGAAGGACGCCCUCCACCUGUCUCAAUCGCCAAAGUGCUCUCAUCCAAAAAAGUUACUCUCAACGGAGCGACUUACACUAAAUACUCGCUUUUCCACAAGAAAAUCUAUCGGGGCCCCCGUUCCUUGACAAGGACCCUACUUGUCCCAUCUGGUGCUUGCGGAUACACGCUUCAAAGACAGCAGACUUAUCUUCUUAGCGGUUUAUUCUUUGGAUCAAAGCCCACUCAGCUUUUCUCUUCUCGUUGCACUCUUUUUGAUGGAAAUGAGCCCGGGCUUUGGAAUCAGGUUUCCCCUUGCACUUUGAUGGGACUUCGUCACAUUCAAUGCCCCCGCAAGCCUCGUGUCACUUUCCCACCAAGCAUCACGAUGCCAACCCCAGCUCCCGUUGGAAAA